AUGUGUCGUACACGAGACGUUGAUGCGGAUUCAGCGUAUUACGCCAGUGAGGGCCAAGGACCUAAGCUUUACGACGAGCAGAAGAGCCGGGGGGUCAAUCCUGCGGCCCGGCCACAGGGAGUGGCACUGAAGGCGCUCAAACGCAGCAUUCUUGCAACGACUUGGAGCCGGAAGAGGAAGGAGUACAUGGACAGGGGAGUUGGAACUCUGAGAGAUGUGUAUGCGCCGGCGCAGAUACCCGACCACACCAACGUGGCAUGGUCCGAGAGGAAAGAGAUCGCCUGCGCCCUGAGGACGCAGGUGGACUUUCUGCUCGGGAACCACAUGCUACUGCGGUCUGGCAACCGCCUGCCGAUGGAGUUGGCAGACUGCUUUCCCCUGGACUUACCCAACGAGGGCUUCAAGGCCCAGGGGUAUACCACAAAGGCGCUGGUUGUCGUGAUGAACUGUAGGAAGACCAACCAGCACGGCCGCAUGGAGUAUGGAUCUGCUCUGCGGCAUCGAGAUCCCAGGUCUUGUCUCAUCGGCGCCCUCGCGUUCUGGCUUUUCUGGCGCUGGCAGGUAGAAAAGGCGGAAAGGUUUCCCGUCUUCCAAAGAAGCGAAGACUGGUAUGAAACGAAGGUGCUCCGCCGAUCGGCGAAAGAGCCUCAAGGUAAGCGUGAUGGCAUUCACCAGGAUCCCAUAACUCAGAGGGUGCAUCGACCCUUUCACUCACCAAAUAUUCCAGUGUCGAUGGCCCAGAUGCCCGUGCCCUUGCCCACGUUGGAACCUUUGAGCAUGGUCAAGAAGUGGUGCACUAUGUCCAGACCAGAGAAAGUUAGCUCUAAAUAA